GAUCUAGUGCUGAAGCUGAAUACAGGGCUAUGGCACAUGGAACAUGUGAACUAAUGUGGCUUCAAUCUUUGUUGAGUGAUAUAGGGCUUGAUUGGAGUGGUCCCAUGACUUUGUAUUGCGACAACAAGGCUGCUAUUAGUAUUGCACACAAUCCUGUUCAACAUGACCGGACUAAGCAUAUUGAGAUUGACAGACAUUUCAUUAAGGAGAAAUUGAAUAAGGGUGUGAUAUGUAUGCCUUUUGUUAAGUCUGAAGAUCAACUGGCGGAUGUUUUUACUAAGGGUCUUAGUAGUAAAGUCUUUCACUCUAUUUGUUGCAAGUUGGGCAUGAGAAACAUCUUUGCACCAACUUGAGGGGGAGUGUUAAGUGUUAGGGGUAGUUUGGUCUUUAUGUAUUAUUCUUAUUAGUAUAAGUAGUUGUGUGUAAGGGGGAAACCCUAAGUUUUGAAUCAAUAAUCUACAGAAGCUUUCUCUUGUUCUAUUCCUUCUUCUUCUUCUUCUUCUUCUUCUUCUUUUCAUCUAUACAUUUAACACAAAAUAAAGAGGUUCUAAAGGUUGUUCCUAUGUCGAACUUAUCUUUCUUUUUUCCAUUAUCAAAUUGCCUUCCACUCCAUGUUUCUUUUUUGUAGAUUUCAUUUUUUCCAUUGAUUUAUUCAUCUAUGUGUUUUAUUUGAAGUGGCAGAUGAAAGAUAUCUAAUAUUCCAUUUCAAAAUAAUUGCAUCUAAAUACAUAUGCAUCUCCGCUUAGUCCUACACGAAGAGAAACGAUCACUUGGACACAAACAAACAUGUAGAAACAUACACGCCUACGCAUGGUUGUAGUGUUUUAUUUUAUUAUUAUGAAUUAGUUUUACCUUUAUUAUUGACAAUAUCUUCAACUUGCACAAGUAAUGUUGUAGUUGAUGUCUGUGCUAUAAUUUGUUUUUUUUGUCUUGAUUAUUCUUGGGUUUACCUUAGGUUGUUGCAGAAUAUUCUUUUAAUGAAUCAACAAAGGAGAAUAUCGUGAAGAUAUUGAGCAGAAUGGGUACUGAAAUUCCAGAUUUGUUAAUGGAUGUUGAGGACAAAAGUAUUCAAACCAAUCCCGAGGAUACAAAGCUAGUAGAUUCACAUCAAUUGGAAGAGGCGUGGCAUAUGCUUUACAGAGAUUGCCUUUCUGCCCUUGAAAUUUGUGUAGAAGGAGACCUAAAACAUUUUCAUAAGGCCAGAUAUAUGCUUGCCCAAGGGCUGUACAGAAGGGGUGAGAGUGGGGAUUUGGAGAGGGCAAAGGAUGAACUUUCCUUUUGCUUUAAGUCAUGUCGCUCAUCCUUCACAAUUAAUAUGUGGGAGAUUGAUAGUAUGGUCAAGAAAGGAAGGUGCAAAACACCAGGUCUUUCUGGGAACAGAAAGGUCCUUGAAGUUCACUUACCAGAAAGCUCUCGCAAAUUUAUCACUUGCAUUUGGAAGUACAUUCUGUUUUAUUGGAAACUGUUGGAGGAGGCGGGAGACAUCUGUACACUUGACCGGGCUUACAUCUCUAUUCGAGCAGAUAAGAGGUACAACCAUAUUUUCAUUUUAAAGAUUUCCUUGAUUAUAUGUUGCAGUAAGACUUACUAUCAGUAUCAAAUCCAGUUCCCCUUGUGCCUUGAAGUUCUUGUUCUAGUAGCUCUUGGGAGGUAUGUUAAGUCCCUAAUUUCAUUGACACAUCAAACUGAGAAUGUUGGCUCUGGUGCUGCAAGCCGCUCUGAGCAUCUUCUGGAGAAAAUUUUCUCGUUGUUCAUUGAGCAGAUGAACUUAUGGUCAGAUUUAUGCUAUUUGCCCCAGAUCAUUAGCCCAGAAUUAACGGAGAGCAGCUUAUAUGGAUAUCUGUACCAAUAUAUCCAGUUAUUAGAGAGAAAUGUCAGAGUUUAAGUACUUGAAGGAAUAAGUGAAGAGAUACGAAAGCAUUUUAAGAAUCCGAAGUUGUCAAAUAGCAAUUGUGCUAAAGUUUAUAAGCAUGUCUCGGUUGCUUGGUAUCGGUCACUUGUAAUUAGCUUGGCAUUGAUCACACCUUUACAUUCUGGACUCUCAAGUGAGAUCCAAGUUCCUAAUCCAUCAGAUUUGGGGUCAGAGAGCAGCCAACAGCUGUGUGUUGAUCUGCAGACAAAUGAAUUGUGGAAUUCUUCCUUUGAAGACCCAUCUAAAAAUCUUGAAACAAAAUGGAACCCUUUAUUGUCAAAAAUCAAAAAUGUUAUAAUCAAGAAAGCUUCAGAGCAAGAUCUGGAGACAGCUGCCACACUGCGAUGUUCUUACAACUGAAGUAGAGACACCUCCUGUGCAGUGCUCCCAUCAAGUGUCAACCUGUUUGUGGUGCCGUUUCAGUUAGCUACUGCAGGACACUUCUAUCCCGGCCUCGAUGGGGUCAAUGCUCUUGAUCUGAAUAUUCCGCGGAAGCUUCUUUUAUGGGCGUAGACACUGUUGCAUGGCCAUUACACGAACAUCCCGGCCGUAAUGAAGUAUUGUGAAGAAAAUGCCAAGUCAAAGAUGAAAAAAGGAUCUGGAAGUUCAUCAGUGCCAUCAGAUACAAAUACACCCGCUGCUGGCGCUUGUAAUACAG